UAAUCAUUGCCUUGUAACCGAACAUUCAUCUCCUCCAGGAACCGUGGCGAGGAGGGCGCGGCUAAACAUCAUAAUAACCUAAGAAUAAGGAGGAAGCGAAGGGAAUUAAAGAAGAAGGAAAAACGAGGAGCCCACAGGAAGAGAGAGACGGAAGAUGGAGUCAAGAGGAGGGCUAAGACGCCUCCAAGUGCUCGUGGUGCUGCUGGCUACAAUCUGCUUGGCUUCGGCGAAGAUCUCCAAGAGGCAGACCGUUUCGUUCGGGCUGCCCAACUUCAGCUUCGGCGGCGGCGGCAACGGCAGGCAGGACGGCAACAACCUCGGCUCCUUCAUCGGCGGCGCCAUCAACGGCUUCAUCAACGCGCAGAACAACAGGCCCAACAACGGCAACAACAACGGCGGGGGCGGAGUCACGAUCAUCAACCCGUUUGACCUCUUCCGCCCGAAUCAGGGGAACAACGGGAACAAUCAAGCGACGACCAGUAGUCCUGCGACCACGACGAAUAAUAACCAAGGAACUACGACUCAGAACAACGGGAACGUCCUUGGGAAUUUCAACAUCGCCGGGCUGCCCAUCCAGGUGACAGGGCAGAACGGAGGCAUUGGCAUUUCCUUCGGACAGAACAACUGCGGCCGGGACAAUGGCGGCUGCGAGCAGGAGUGUCGCAUCAUCCGCCGAAGACCCAGGUGUUCCUGCCGAGAGGGUUACCUGCGCAAUCCCGACCGCCGCACCUGCUCCGACCUGGACGAGUGCCGGCAGAACAACGGCGGGUGUAGCGACAUCUGCACCAACACCCCCGGCUCCUUCACGUGCUCCUGCCGCCAGGGUGUUCUGCAGGACGACCAGAAGACUUGCUCGAGGGCGGUGGAGCACUGCGCGCUGAACAACGGAGGCUGCUCUCAGAUCUGCUCCAUGAACGGAGGGCAGUUCGUGUCGUGCUUCUGUCAGCCUGGCUUCACGCUGGGCCCCGACCGGAAGACGUGCCUGCAGCUGGACCAGUGUGUCAGCAACAACGGAGGGUGUCAGGAGAUCUGCACCAACACGCAGAACGGCCCUACGUGCAGCUGUGGGCCGGGCAAGGUCCUAAACAACGACAGGAGGAGCUGCAGGGACUUGGACGAGUGCCAGUUCAACAACGGAGGAUGCCAGCAGAUCUGCACCAACACCGUCGGCUCCUUCGAGUGCUCCUGCCGCGAUGGGUUCCAGCUCGUCGGGAACCAGUGCCAAUUCGUCAUCCGCCCACCAGUCACCGCCGCUACGACCACCACAAACGACCACUCUAGUCCAGUGGUCACGCCGCCUCCUGCUGUCAAUGGCUGCGGCGUGAACCCCAAGAAGUCCCUCUUCCGGCGCAUCGUGGGGGGCAAGCCGGCCGACCCGAAGGACUGGCCCUGGAUGGUCGCUCUCCUGCAGCGGGUCGGCAACACGCAGUACUGCGGCGGGACCCUCAUCACGGACCGCCACGUCCUCACGGCCGCUCACUGCCUCAGACCCUUCUCCGCCAGCGAGAUCAAGGUGCGUCUUGGCGAGUACGACUUCUCGAGCACGGCUGACAACUCGCCCACUGACUUCGACGUGGCUGACAUCCGGAUGCACGAGAGACCGAGGAUACCCACCAGGUUCGCCCAUCGCCAACGCCGGGAGCCUUCGAGGGCAACCGCCCGAAGCGAGUUCAUCUCCCCGGUCUGCCUGCCGCCCGCCGGGAGGUCCUUCGAGGGCAACCUGGGCUACGUCACAGGUUGGGGCACCAUCUACUUCGGCGGCCCCGUCAGCCAGACGCUGCAGGAGGUGAUCGUGCCCGUGUGGACCCAGAGCGAGUGCACGGCCGCCUACCCCGGCAGGAUCCAAAGCGGCAUGAUGUGCGCCGGCAACAGGCAGGGCGGCCAGGACUCGUGUCAGGGAGACUCCGGGGGCCCCUUCCUCGUCCAGAUCCUGCCCUCGCGACGCUGGUACAUCGCCGGCGUGGUCUCCUGGGGCAUCGAGUGCGCGCGCGCUGACAAGCCCGGCGUCUACACGGAGGUCAGCAAGUACGUUGACUGGAUAAUGAACAACGCCAUUUUCUAGACGACGGGUGCUUGCCGUUGCUGCUGCGUCUCCCCACGUAAUAAGAACUGCCCGAUACUUCGCGUGAACAGCUGUGCAUUUUUCUUUCUUUUUUAGAUCAGGAAGAGGAAAUAGAAUAAAGAUAGAUAACCAGAACCGACGUGAAAACGCAUCGCAAGUGCAAUAAAUAAAGGAUAAAGAAUGCACGGUAAUGGUGCUUGCAAUACAUAAAUUAAUUUCCUUAUAUAACGUUUAUGAGUGUUUUCUCUCCCAAAUGAAAAUACACCAGUGUUGCUCAAAUAAUAACAAGAGUAUUAUGGGCAGAUUAAACGGUCUGUGCAAUUAAACCUCAAUAACAGUUAACAAGGAAGUGAUUUCUUGCACAUUGCAGAGAUUACCAUUGGAAUUGGUUAAGGGUUCCUUGUUACAAUAAGUAACAAAUGAAAUUCAACGAAAAAGGUGAAUUCCAUUAGAUUUAAUUGGGGAUUUUACUAUUACGGUUAUUGAUUGAAUGUGUUCAGGAGUAACGCUUGAGUUCGUAUUAUGCAAAUGGCCAGUGCACCAGGUUAUUUAUAAUGAAUAUUAGUAACCACUAUGUUAGAGGUAAGGGCAUUUUUAUAACCAUACCUGAUACUUAUUUAACGAUUAAAUGUUAGUGUUGAUGAUUUUGUGACCUUUGUUAUGAAACAGACCAUUUUCGGCUCCGUCCAUCAAAGUGCAAUCAAUUAAAUAAACCUUUGACAAGUAUUUAUUUCAUAAAAGGUUGUUUCUCACGAGUUCGUAUCCUGUGUGAUGGCCUCUUGAUAAUAUUUUUCGUCUUAUUUUGGAUAAUUCUGAAUCUCUCUCAUUCCAUGACAUCAUCCUAUUUCUCACAUCACCCAGAUACACUGUACUUAAUUACCUUUCGCCAUACUGUCACCACAUCCCUAAUGAUUCUUCUCCAGUACCCUAUACACUUCUGAUGAAUAAAAAUUAAUAUAUGAA